ACGAGAUGACAGCUGAUCCCGCCGCAACACAGCCAAGAUCUGCGGUAAGCCUCUAGGCUGUGUGCCAGCCGGGUUUUUUUUUUUAAACAAAAAACAAGAGGUUAUUCACUAAGUUGAUGUUUUUUAAGCGGUCGGAAGUGUAGCUAAAUUCUUUGGCGAGGACGCUUCAAGUGCCAACACAUCAUCCGCUAGUUUAAAAAAGUUGUCUAUGUUCUACCUUCCUGGAUCUUAAAGUUUUCCCCUCUGGACUUCAGUCACCCGAACAGGUUAUGAGUGAUGGAAUCAGGGUCGGUGGUGCGUGCCGUGUUCGAGUUCCUCCCCAGCGUCUCCGAGGAACUACCCCUCUUCACCGGCGAUGUCAUCGAGGUGCUCAGUGUUGUGGAUGAGUUCUGGUUGCUCGGUAACAAGGAUGGUGUCACAGGUCAGUUUCCCAGCACCUUUGUGGAGAAGGUCACCAUUCCCAGCACCAAGCCUGGAGACCGACUGUAUGUGUGCAUCAAUGAUUUCAGCUCCACAGAGACAGGAAGUCUUUCCCUGAAGAGAGGCGAUGUCGUAGUCAGCGACACAGCAGAGUCCAUGGACCUUGGGGAAACCUGGCUUCGUGGUUGUAACGCCUGGGGCACCCGUGGCGCCUUCCCCACAUCCUGCGCGAAAGAGCUGAGCCUUUCCUGCCGCUCCAGGCAACUAUCCAAGCGCUCAGCCCAGGCUCAGGCUUCCGACCUCCCGCCAUACGCCCUAGGCCAGGCCCGGGCUCUCAUGAGCCUCCACGCGCAGCUGAACGAGGAGCUGGACUUCCGCGAGGGGGACUUGAUCACCAUCACAGGGCUUCCUGAGCCCGGCUGGUACGAGGGGGAGCUGGAGGGACGCAGAGGGAUCUUCCCGGAGGGGUUCGUGGAAAACCUGGGACCUCUUCGAUCUCCACAGGAGCCUGAAGAGUGCCAGUAUUUGAGCAAUGACGACGAAGGAGAAGAGGAAGCCAUUGAAGAAAGGGAGGUAGAAGAGCUGAAAGAAGAAGAUGAAGAGGAGGAAGGUGCUGUCUAUGGAGUGGCUCUAUAUGAAUUUCGUGCCAUGGAGCCCAGUGAGCUGGACUUUGACGUGGGCGACCGCAUACGUGUUUUAAACACCUUGGAAGACGGCUGGCUGGAGGGGAUGCUGAGAGGGCGCCGCGGGAUUUUUCCUCAUCGGUUUGUCAAACUAGACGAGCACAAAAUGGCAGAGGAAACACAUAUUGUAGAACCAGAGGAAGAGAAGGAGAACACUUUCGAAUACAGCUCAGAUCCUUCUGCGAAUGCUCCUAAGUUAAUACCUUAUGAAGAUCAUACCGUAUGGGACUUGGACUACUUUGAGACCAGUGACGAGCAGAGAUGGCCAAGUGAAAGCAAGAAAGCCCAAAGCCAUUCUGAAUCCCAAACAACCAAUCAAAGACCAGAAAGACCCAAAUCUAUGCCGCCAGCAAGGCCUAGACUUCCACCUCCUCGGCCUAGCCUGCCUGCACGAAGCCAAAACCACCACAAUGGUUUGAAUCCGAACACAAAUAAGAAGAUCUACGCGAAUGGUAGCGCACAGCCUUUGCCGACUAAGUUAACCCACAGCCUAACCCUUCCAAGCAGGCACCAUGCUUGGUCCAAAGACAGGCGGAACUCUCGCAGACAGCCAGUGGAUGGCACCACCGCUUUCAACAGAAGCGCAACUCUCGGACAAGUCUUCAUCAGCCUAGUUGAGAGUAAUAAGGAGAAGAAGCGGACACAUCAGCCGCAGAGGACGCCGGGCUCCAACAAUGUCACGCCGGCAUCCAUCGCCUUUGACGCCCUGCUGACGUCCGCCGGCGACUUGGAAGCCAAACUGUCCCAGCAGCUGUUUGAGUUUGAAAAAAGCUUGACGUCCGGUGCUUCGAGACAUUUCUCAAUUUUGGACUAUGGCGACGAGAGCGACAUCAUGCGGGGCUCCCCAGCGUCCACCUCUGCGUCCUCUUCACUAGAGAGGCGCAGGACCCUUCGCCCUCCUCCUCCGCGACCUCGAGUCAUUCGUCUCCAAGCCCCUCCGGCCAGCAAACCGACGCGCCCUGCUCCACGUCCACCUCCUCGGUCCCCAAGACUGACUCCUCCUGUUCCUCCACCCACCAACUCCCUCAACAACCCCAUCUUCUUUGAACCCACUUUAAACACAUUUGAUCAAAUAACAGACGCGCAGGCGGAAGACUUUGGUGACCUCGCGGACGCCCAGGAACGCCAGCUCCAACUCCAGUCCGAAACUGAGAAAGAUCAAGAGAAAGAGCUGGAGCUGGAGAUUCAAAGGCAGAGGGAGCAGGAGGAGAAUUGCCAGCUGUUGCUACGUCUACAGGAGGUAGAGAACGAGAUGGAGGCGUACGCACGCACUGCUGAGGAGCUCAGGGCCAUGCUGGAGGAGGAAGAGGAUGACAUGGCCCAAUUGCAGGUCAUGGAGAACCUGGAGUUCUGCACCUACACGAUGGAGACGCUGUCUUUGGAGCAGCAGCAGUUGCAAGAGAUGACACAGCUGUCGUCGCAGCCCAAACCUUCGGAGCCCGCCUCGGCCGGCGACUCGGCGCCCACUGCCGGCGCCGAGGACCCCGAGCUGAGAAUGCUGGAGAAGAGGUCCAAGGUCAUCGAGGAGCUACUGCAGACGGAGAAGGACUACAUUAAGGACCUGCAGAUGUGUGUGGUGGAGAUCAUUGACCCUCUGCAGAGGAAACAGGUGAAGAACGUGGACUACGAUGGCCUCUUUGGCAACAUCAACUCAGUGAUCGACCUCUCGCAGCGCCUUUUUGAAACACUGGAGGAAAGCGACUCCAUUGGCAACGUGUUUUUGGACUUUAAAACGGAGCUGGAGGGGGUCUACAACGUCUACUGCCAGAACCACGACGAUGCCAUCUCGCUGCUGGAGAGCUACGAGAAAGAUGAAAACAUCCAGGGCCACGUGUUGGAGUGUUUGGAGAGGCUGAGAGCCAUAUACCGAGAGUGGGGCAAAACAAACUACAUCAACCUGGGCUCUUUCCUAAUCAAGCCGGUGCAGCGAGUCAUGCGCUAUCCGCUGCUGCUGAUGGAGCUGCUGGGGGCCACGCCGGAGAGCCACCACGACCGGCCCCAGCUGACUCUGGCCCUACAGGCCGUCAAGGAGAUCAACGUGAACAUCAACGAGUGCAAGCGCAGGAAGGACCUCGUGGUGAAGUACAGGAAAGGGGACGAGGAUACAUUCAUCGACAAGAUCUCAAAGUUGAGCAUGCAUUCCAUCAUCAAAAAGUCCAAUCGUGUCAGCAGCCACCUCAAGCACUUGACAGGAAUUUCACCACAGAUUAAGGACGAGGCGUUUGAUGAGGCUGAUAAGAGGUUUCGGCUGCAGGAGAGACUCAUCAAAUCCUUUAUACGGGAUAUUUCCUUGUACCUGCAACAUAUCAGGGAAUCAGCAUCCGUGAAGGUGCUGGCAGCCAUCAGCUUCUGUGACAUCUACACCGAGCACAGCAUCCCCGACCCGGAGCGCUUCCAGAGAGCUCAUCGCUGCAUCAGCGACAAACAAUUCACUGAAUUUAAGGAGCGCACGGAGGCAUUGGUCAUCAACCCGCUCACCCAGCUGCUCCUCAUGUUCGCGGGGCCUCACAAACUCAUCCUGAAACGUUUCGACAAGCUGCUGGACUACGACAACUGCAAAGAGCGUGCCGACCGCUUUAAGGACCGGCGGGUUCAGGACGAGCUGCAGGUGGCCCGCAGCAACUAUGAGGCGCUCAACGCCCAACUUCUGGACGAGCUACCCAAGUUCCACGGCGCCGCAGAGGAGUUAUUUACCGGCUGUGUGAAGGCCUUUGCUCAAGCCCAGAAGGACUUCAUGAAGACGACCCUCGGGGAGCUGAAGCCUCUCCUUCAAGUUUUUUCCCGCAAAGUCGGCACCGAGGGCAAUUUGGUCGCACAGUUCCAAGAAGAGUACGGCCGUGUACUUCAACUCCUGCAGAGUUUCAGCUUCUGCCCUGACAACCUGCCCCCAAGCACAACCAACAUCACCAACACCACCACCGCUGCCAAAAAGCCCUUUGAGAAGAAAACCCUAGAGAAGCAGAGCUCAAAAAAGCAACUCCAAGGACCUCCCAACUACAUCUUGCAGACUGAUGAGCACCGCGCCGGACUGAUGGCUCGCUUCGUCCAUGAGAAACUCUUCCAGGCUGAGAGGAACUUCAACGCAGCCCAGGAUUUGGAUGUGUCCAUCCUGGAGGGGGACCUUGUGGGCGUGAUCAAGCAGCAGGACCCAAUGGGUAGCAACAAUCGCUGGCUGAUUGACAACGGCGUCAGUAAGGGCUUCGUGUACAGCUCCUUCCUCAAACCGUACAACCCGCGCAGGAGCCAUUCGGACGUGUCCAUCGAGAGCCAGUCGUCUAACGAGUCGGGCUACGGCGGCUCCUCACCCGUCUUCUCGCGGCAGAACAGCAACAGCACGCUGACCUUCAACCAGGAGACAGCAGCCGUCAGCUUUUCCACGACGCAGCCUCAGAGCCAUUCGUCACCGCACCCGUCGCUGGAUUCCACGCCUUCUCGAGUGCCUCCCCCCGACUCUGUGAACUCCUCGCCGCAAGAUCCCUCGCACCGUCACAGAAACCCAGAGCCUCCCUACCAGCGCUCGACCCGCCACAGGGACUCGUACGACGUCAGUCACGCCACUCCGAGCGACCAAUCGGAGACGGACUCUUACUCCUCGCACCGAAACAGCCGCUCGCAGCGACACAGCGACCAAGCCUACAACUCAAACCGGCGGAGGAAUGGCGAGAAGAAGUCGACGUACUCUCAAGACGACUUCAGUGAGCCGGAAUCGGAGCAGGACAGCGAAUCGGACGGACAUCAGAUCUACUUUGCCCUCUACUCCUUCAGUGCUCGCUGUGCUAAUGAACUGAGCAUUUCGGCUAACCAACGGCUGCGCAUACUAGAGUUCCAGGACGUGAACGGCAACAGUGAAUGGUGGCUGGGCGAGGCGGAAGGACGGAGAGGCUACGUGCCUUCCAACUACAUCCGCAAAUCUGAGUACACCUGAGCAGGUUUAAUCCCAAACUGCCACCUUCAGGUGACGAGCACACAGAACUAACUGUUUUGGUCAUGGAGUAUUAUCACCAGGGAGGGAUUUUGAUGACUUUUCUCCUAAAAGUUGCGUUAUAUGCCUAUAUUUAAAAACUUAUUGUAUGUUUUUGUACUUGCAGCCCUCCUGUGUUUCUAAUGAAACCUAGUGAGAUAAAAAAGGACGAUGAAUUGAGUAUUACGUGCGAGGCAGGCAGGCACUUAGUCGUUUGAGGUGUCAAAGAUAUGGGUUGAUUCAAAUUAGAUUUAAAGAGGAACGGCGCUUUUUUUACUUUUCAUUUUGCCUAUUAUCCACAAUCCUUAUGUGAGACAAGAACACACGGCUUUCUUUUUUCUUUGUGUACGUACUAAACGGUGAAAAACUGCUAGCAAGAGGCAGCUAGCAAUGCAGGUACAGUAAGGGUGAGUCAUCUAUUCUGCCCUCUAAAAAAAAAACAUCCAAAAACUGCCAACACUCCAUUUCCAUGCUUGUUAUUGUAGGAGCUAACACAGAGGAGAUCUGUUCUAAAUAAGACAAGGUUCUGGAGCCUUAUUUGUCCAAAAGUUGUCGUCAUUGUCAUCUUUCUUAAAGUUUCCCAUUAUUUGUGGUAGCGCACACAAAACGUUGUUGUUUAAUCAUUAUUACAAUCAGUCCAACGGAAUAACACACAAUAAUACGAUAAUAAUACGAUUCCAAACCAAUCCAAGCCCAGCAACAUUCCGAAUUGCAACAACAGAGCCAUUGAGAAGGCACACAAACAGGACAGAAAAAUCUGAAGGAGUCAAACAAAAAUGAAUAUCACCAACAGUAUCAAUAUUAAUAAGAAUUCCAACAUAACAGUGAUUAAAAACAAUUUAAAAAAAAACAAGGGAAAAAAGAUCAUUGUUAUAAUCACUCAUUUACAUUGCAAUUACAGCCGUUUAUUUAAAAAAAAUAAAAAAUUUAUAGUGUCACAGACUUAUUGCAUCACAGCUCAUAAGCUUGACAACACAUUGUAUCCAAUAUUAACCAUAAGGAUAAAAAUAUGUCAUAUUUUAGGGUUCAUUUAAUAGUUAAAACUAAUUUAAAUAAUGGAUCCCAUAUUCAAAGAUAUGAAUCAUUAUUAUAUAAACAAAAUGCAGUUUUUCUACUGAUGUCAUCUCCAUAGCUUGUGUAUAAUAGUCAAUAUGAGGUGGACUAUCAACAUCUAUCCAUUUUUUUAAUAUAACUGUUUUUGUUAUGAUUCAUAUUGACAGUAAUUAACUUUUAUUCUUACGUUACUAAAUCGGUGCAGAUCACCAAGAUCAUUGGGUGUUGUUGAAGUUUGCGUUUGUUGCUAUGCGCUCUGUGAAAUCCAUGCGGCCAGGAAAGAAGUUGCAGUCAUGCUUAAAAUAACCAAAAUACUAUUAAUAUUACAUGCUAUUAUUCAAAUGUCUGUUACUAUAUUACAUGUAUACUUACUGCAUGUAUGUAAAACUUUGAUAGAGGUUUUUUAGAGGGCUUCAUAAGCGUAAUAGAUGACUUCCCAUUACCUGUAUUGUUAGCCGCCUCUUGCUCGCAGUUUUUCACUAUUUAGAACGCACUUAAAAUAGAUGUGUUCUUGUCGCACAUAGAGAUUGGGAAUGGUGGGCCAAAUAAAAACAAAAAUGCAGUUUCCCUUUAAAAGUUAAUCGGUGCUAGCUUGAUGACACUCUUUGACUUUUAUUUUGAUAGUGGCCUGAAAACAUAUCUAUUUUUUUAAUUGGAGUGACACUGUGAAAUAAAAACCUGGAAAAACAGGGCAAACCUCCAGGUACUGUACAUACUGUAUGUAAUGCUGUAUAUGGAAUAUUUGCUAUGGCGCCCACUGUACAGUCAUCCUAAGGUUUGAUUAAAACAACAGCACAGCUGAUUAGAAAUA